AUGGACGGCACGCUUUUGGUAGGCGAUAUUGUCGAGAAGGCCACGAAACCCACGAAGCCCGUCGUUUUCGACGACUUUGACGCCACCCCGACCGGCUUCCCAGCACACAAGAAGCGCACGCGAGUGUCCGCGUUCAAGCAGCAGCGGCAGGGCAAGGACGUCUCGGGUGCUCAAGCUGCUACGAGCGCGCUGGCAGCGAACGCGAGUGAGGCGAAAAAGACAGAAGAUGGCAGCUCUUCCAAACCCGAGUUCGAGACGGCCGAGCGACGGCGAAUCGACCGCGAGAACCAACAGAAGCUGGACGACAUGACACCAGAGGAGAUUGCGAGAGAGAGGCGGGAGCUGUUAAGCUCGCUGGACCCGUCCCUCAUUCAGCGACUUCUGGGCCGGGCAAAUAUCGAUGAGCAACACGGCCCGAACCCCUUCGAUCCGCCAGUCGCGAACGAGACCAAGGCCGAAAAGCCGUCCGCGCCCGCGCCUGAGAUUAAAGUCGAAGACACCUCCGCGCCACCGAAGCCCAAGCCGGCGCCUCAGGCUGCCCCGACGGAAGCAAAAGAAAAGUCGGUGUCUGUAGAUGAGAACAAGGCGCCGGCCGCGCCUCCCGCGGACCUCUUCCCCAUGAACGAUCAACCCGACAAGACGCACUUCCCGGCGGCGCCCGCUUUGCCCGACUUGGACCCAUCCCAUCCCGACUUCCUCCAGACACUUCAUGAGAAGUUCUUUCCCAAUCUACCUGCCGAUCCGAGCAAGCUUGCCUGGAUGGCUCCGAUCCCAACCGCCGACAGCCCGGCCGACCGCGAGUCGCCAUACUAUCCAGGGCAGUCAUCACUCCCGAUUGCGAACCUUCGCUUCGACUUCCGCGGUGGUCUGAUCCCGCCCCGUUUGAGCAGAUCGAUUCCCGUAUCCAAAGGGCUACACCACCACGGGCUGGCACCAGAGGCAGCGGGAUACACUAUCGAGGAGCUGUCCAUCUAUGCUCGCAGUGCCGUUCCAGCUCAGCGCUGCAUCGCCUUCCAGACUCUGGGUCGUAUUCUCUACAGACUCGGCAAGGGCGAAUGGGGCACCGGAGAAGAAGACCAACUAGCCAGAGGUAUAUGGAGCAGCGUUCAAGAGGGCAGGAUACUGGAGAGUCUUGCCGAGGCGGCCAUUGUGGAGGGUGGGCACAGGGGAAGUCGUGCUUAUGCUACGGAGGCACUCUGGCUGUUUGAGAAGGGCGGUUGGAAGGAGCAGUGGUCAGGCCGAUGA